GUUUUGAGUAAAACUUUGUCCUAUGUUCUAUUAUCCAGUCUACUUCAACAGCCAUGACGUGGAGGUUCUCAAGCGUACCACCGGCUUUCCCAUGCUUACCAAGGAUAAGCUACGCGAAAGAAAUGUUUUCGAUACGCUAAGAGACGAUUUUGUGGCUUGUUUCGGGCAAUGGAACUUCGAACCAGCGGAUCUAAACAUCACUGAAGAAAGCUCUGUCCACAUCUGGCAUGGGAAGGAAGACAAAGUCGUCCCGUUUCAACUUCAAAGAUGCAUUCUCCAGAAGCAGCCUUUGAUCAACUACCACGAGAUCCCUCAAGGCGGACAUCUCAUCGUCCACUACGACGGCACUUGCGACGCGAUUCUACGCUCUCUAUUGCUCGGUGAAGAACACAAAAUGUACAAACCAGUUCUUGAUUCUUGAUUCAAAACUGCGACAAUGACAUUAACAUUAAUGUAUAUAAACUGUGUGUUUUGAAUGAAGUAAAUGGAUUAGCAAAAGUUGUACAAAAUGAUAAGCAGAUGAUCAGAUACUACUCGGAUUAUUAUCAUUAUCACUGAUCAGACGAUCGAAACGUCGUGAAUCGUUUGAAACGAGCCUCAACAGAUCAACCGCCUUCUUCCUUCCUUUAUUACUCCCGCUCUCAGCAACGUACACGAUCCCUUCCAUAGCUCCUUCAUCCGCACCAGACGCAACCGCAGACGCAACUUCCGAACGCGCUUCGUCCCCGCCGCACCUCGCUAAAUUCAAAAGCGCGCUGACCGCGUUCUCCUUGAUCCGAAGGCUCGAGCCGGUGCACGGAUCCAGCAGAUCCGCCAGCACGCUGGCUCCGGAGACUCUCCUCAUCCCUUCCUCGCUCUCCUCGCACCCGGCGACCUGCGCCAUAACCGCCGUCGCGUCCUCCACGAUCCCGCACCGCGAGUCCUUCACGAUGAGGGAGAAGAGAGCCGGGAUCGCGCCGAGGGAGAUCAUCGUUGAUCUGUUCGCCGGGCAGAGAGCGACGGCGAAGAGCGCCUUCAGCGCGUCUUUGAUCGAUCUCGGGUGCGAGUCUUGGUACCUGAUGACGUGGAUGAGAGAGAAGAUGAUGUCUCGUUUCGAUCCGACGACGGGGCGGUAAGACUCCUCCGCGAUCAAUAGGCUGUAGAUCGCGGCGGCGGAGGACUGGACCGCGGCGGGGGAGGUGGUGGUGUCGUGGUGGCGGAGCGCGUGGGAGAGCGCGUCGAGCAGGCCGCGAGAGGACAUGAGGGGUUCGCGGGAGGUGAUGGAGAGGUUGAGGAGGGUCGCGGCGGCGUUUUCCUGGGAGGAGGGGGAGGAGGAGUAUAGAGUCUCGGCGAGGUAGGGGAUGGCUCCGGCGUCGGCGAUGAUGGGACGGCUUUCGGGGUCUUGUUUGGAGAUGAGCCUGAGCUCGGCUAGAGCGGCGGCUCUGGUCUGCUCGGAGACGGAGCUGAGCUUGGAGACGAUGGUUUCUAUCGUUCUGCGCUUUGCUGUUUCCAUGGCGAUGCUAUCAAUCUCUCUGUAUCUCCUUACAAAACCUGGUUUGACUUUUGUUGAACAAAGUCACUUUGCAUUAAUUAACAAGUUAGUUGGAAUA